CACGUGCACACGCGCGCGCCGUUUAAAGCUCCUUGAUCCGCGCACGCGUGUUCUGGAGGUGGGUUGUUUUGCACAUGCGCAGUAGUAGUUCUGUCUGAAGCGUCGUUUGGUGGGGAGUCGGGUUCGAUACUAGUCGGGAAUCGACAGCGGUGGGAAUGGAGCCAAUGGCGCCAGGACCUCCUGCAACAACCAACUUGUUUCAACCUCCUCGCAGGCCAGGACUUGGUACAGUAGGGAAGCCGAUUCGUCUGUUGGCCAAUCAUUUUCAGGUUCAAAUCCCUAAAAUUGAUGUUUACCACUAUGAAGUGGAUAUCAAACCAGAGAAACGUCCCCGCAGGGUCAACAGAGAAGUGGUUGAUACAAUGGUACGACACUUCAAGAUGCAAAUUUUUGGAGAUCGACAACCAGGUUAUGAUGGGAAAAGGAACAUGUACACUGCAAAUCCAUUACCAAUUGGACGAGAGAGGGUUGACUUGGAAGUGACUCUCCCAGGAGAAGGGAAAGAUCAGACAUUCAAGGUUUCCAUACAGUGGGUGUCAGUUGUCAGUUUGCAGUUACUCUUAGAAGCUUUGGCAGGGCGUCUUAAUGAAGUUCCUGAAGAUUGUGUCCAGGCACUUGAUGUUGUCACAAGACAUCUUCCCUCAAUGAGGUAUACCCCAGUGGGUCGUUCCUUUUUCUCUCCUCCAGAGGGUUAUUAUCACCCACUGGGAGGAGGUAGAGAAGUUUGGUUUGGUUUCCAUCAAUCUGUUCGACCAGCCAUGUGGAAUAUGAUGUUAAACAUUGAUGUGUCUGCAACAGCAUUUUACAGAGCUCAACCAGUCAUUGAGUUCAUGUGUGAGGUGUUAGACAUUCAGAAUAUCAAUGAGCAAAAUAAACCACUGACUGACUCUCAGCGUGUGAAAUUUACCAAAGAAAUAAGAGGUCUAAAAGUGGAGGUGACUCACUGUGGACAGAUGAAAAGAAAAUAUAGAGUAUGUAAUGUCACCCGCCGGCCGGCCAGUCACCAGACGUUUCCUCUGCAACUGGAAAAUGGGCAAGCAAUGGAGUGUACAGUGGCACAAUACUUCAAACAAAAAUACAAUUUGCAACUUAAGUAUCCCCACCUACCUUGUCUACAGGUGGGACAGGAGCAGAAGCACACCUAUCUGCCACUUGAGGUAUGUAACAUUGUAGCUGGGCAACGUUGUAUCAAGAAACUAACAGACAAUCAAACAUCAACAAUGAUCAAAGCAACAGCACGAUCAGCGCCCGACCGACAAGAGGAGAUUAGUCGUCUGGUGAAGAGUAACAGUAUGAUUGGCGGGCCAGAUCCAUAUCUAAAGGAGUUUGGUAUUGUCGUUCAUAAUGAAAUGACUGAGGUCACAGGUCGAGUGCUGCCUGCACCGAUGCUCCAGUAUGGAGGCAGGGUAAGUCUGAUGUUGGACGGAAGCAGCUGGAAUUGUGAAUGCACAGGACUUGAAAAUAAGACUGUUGCUACCCCAAACCAGGGGGUAUGGGACAUGAGAGGCAAACAAUUCUAUGCUGGCAUUGAGAUUAAAGUCUGGGCAGUUGCCUGCUUUGCACCACAGAAGCAGUGCCGGGAGGAAGUUCUAAAGAAUUUUACUGAUCAGCUGCGUAAGAUUUCCAAAGAUGCUGGAAUGCCUAUUCAGGGACAACCAUGUUUCUGUAAAUAUGCACAAGGUGCAGACAGUGUAGAACCGAUGUUUAAGCACUUGAAGAUGACUUAUGUUGGUCUGCAGUUGAUUGUAGUCAUCCUCCCUGGGAAGACUCCUGUUUAUGCUGAAGUAAAACGUGUGGGUGACACAUUGUUGGGAAUGGCCACACAGUGUGUUCAGGUGAAGAAUGUAGUCAAAACAUCUCCCCAGACAUUAUCAAAUCUUUGCUUGAAGAUUAAUGCAAAACUUGGUGGAAUCAAUAAUGUCCUUGUACCUCACCAACGACCAUCUGUGUUCCAGCAGCCAGUCAUCUUUUUGGGAGCUGAUGUCACACACCCACCAGCAGGAGAUGGCAAGAAACCCUCAAUAGCAGCAGUGGUUGGUAGUAUGGAUGGACACCCCAGUCGAUACUGUGCAACAGUGCGUGUGCAGACAUCGAGGCAAGAAACAUCUCAGGACCUUCUGUUUAGUCAAGAGGUAAUCCAGGAUCUGUCCAACAUGGUGCGUGAGCUUCUAAUCCAGUUUUACAAAUCAACUCGCUUCAAGCCUACACGUAUCAUCUACUACAGGGGUGGAGUAUCUGAAGGGCAGAUGAAACAGGUUGCCUGGCCUGAGCUUAUUGCUAUUCGAAAAGCCUGUAUUAGCUUAGAGGAGGACUACAGACCUGGCAUUACGUACCUUGUUGUUCAGAAACGACAUCAUACGCGACUAUUCUGUGCUGACAGAAGUGAAAGGGUGGGUAAAAGUGGCAAUGUUCCUGCUGGCACAACUGUUGACAGCACCAUCACCCAUCCUUCUGAGUUUGAUUUCUACCUUUGUAGUCAUGCAGGAAUUCAGGGUACCAGUCGUCCUUCGCACUAUCAUGUCCUGUGGGAUGAUAACUGCUUUUCAGCAGAUGAACUGCAGCUUUUGACGUAUCAGCUGUGUCAUACUUAUGUACGUUGCACACGCUCUGUCUCAAUCCCUGCACCAGCAUAUUAUGCCAGACUAGUUGCAUUCAGAGCAAGAUACCAUCUCGUCGAUAAGGAUCAUGACAGUGCUGAAGGAAGCCACAUCUCUGGACAGAGCAAUGGACGGGAUCCACUGGCACUUGCCAAGGCUGUACAGGUCCACCACGAUACCCAGCAUACAAUGUACUUUGCAUAAAAUCUGCUGAAGUUUCCAGCCAUUUCCAGCAUACUGUGCCGUUCUGAAACGUCCUUCGUGCUUAAUUUUUUUUACAAACUCGUAAGGGCCAAGCAGGUUUCAGACAGCAAUCUACCAGCGAAAAAGAUGCAACGCACUGAAUGACUCAUUUAACUCAUUAGGAUUUAAAUGCACAGAGAAAUGAGCCAUUGUUCUUCAUAAUCUAUCAGAAGCACUAUACAAGGACAACUGUGGUGGUUUUUUCCUACCACACUGAUUUUAUAUUUUUUACCUCAAGGCUAGAAGGCUGAACAUAGGGGAAAAUUGCAUGAAUGACUUUGAUUGUUACUACAUUCGGUAGCAAGUUUUGAUAUUGUGUGUUUUCUUUCUCUGUUUAUACGAGGUAACACUGUUGUAAAACUCCCAUCUAUUUUUAAUCUUUUACAAAAGGACUGUGUGAGUGUGUGUGUCUGUGUGUAUAUACACGUAUGAGAGAGAGAGAUGGGCAUUAGAGAUUCUUUAUAGCUAGUUCAAGUCUAUUAAUUGUGCAACAGUUUCAAAGGGAACCCUUGAAAUUGUACAACUAUAAAGGUGCAAAGUGUUUCCAAACUAUACAAGUACAGGCAAACCGCAUUGUGCACUCAUAAUUGCAAAGUAGUUCUUUUGGUCCAUCUUUGCAAGGCUUAAGUCCCUCUCGUGACUUAGCUUGUUCAUGGAGAUUGAGCUGCAUUCUAAAUGGUUGAGGUUUGUGGUAGAAUUUAAAGGGAAGUGUAAAUAAGUCCAAUAUUCAGCAUUAAAUGAAUCAUUUCAGAAUCCUAUGGUUCUGAAAUGUUUUGCUACCAACAUUGACAUUCUGUAAUAUGUAAAAUAUCAGGUGUGCUUGUCCCAUUAACGAGUGCCCUACAUCAUUUUGUCUUAAUCUGUUUGGUGGUUUGACAAUUGUUUUCUAUUUUAUUUUUUGAUCCUGUAUGGUCAUCACUAUGGCCUGACCCCAGUUGCCAUGAACUGCCAAAACCACAACACAUUUCCCAUACUUAGUUAGUGGCAGGUCAGUCAUGAAUACAAAUUGUCAGUUAACUUUGGUGACAUGUUUUUGCCAUGAAAAUCACAAUUGAUGAUGCAGCCCCAAUUGCCAGUGAUAAACUCCAUUCCUUGUACCAGUGAAUUUAAUUUUUUUAAAUAGGAAUUUUGCACUGAAAGUUUACAUUUUGUGAUUUUACCUUAAACCUUAAUCAUAGUUGAAUGUAGUACAAUUCUGUCACGUGUGAUUGAUCAACAAAGUUCCUCACCAGACUUGCAUUUGACAGGAAUAAAGUUAGUAAUUAGGAAAAGUUGCUCAAUAGAAUAACAUGCACUGUGGAGUGUACUGUACUUGCAUAUUUUGAAAGAAAAAGAUUCUUGAACUUUUUAUGCAACAUUUUAAAUGGUAUUUGUCAGGUUUUUUUUUGCUGUUGUUCAUCAGCAUCAGAAGCUUCUAAGUACCGAUAGUUUGCUGCAUUAUGUUUCCAGUGGAGUAACAUUUAGAUGCCUGUUUGAUUAUUGCAGAAACUAUUAUGGUGCUUGAAAAAUACUUGACUGUAUUUAUAUUGAGGCUUUUGCCAGCUGGACUGUCCAUGAUCAUUUUAUAGCUUAGGGAAGAAAGCUGUACUCAAUGCUGUACUGGGAAGAAGACCAAAACUGUGGAUAUAAUACUACAGUUCAAAUGCUUGGAGGAGACAUUUUAAUUUGUAAUUGCAAUGGUUUGUUUUAUUUGAAGUUGAGCAUACUUUUUUGCAUUUGAAGUUUUGUGCAAUAUAUGUUUAAAAACCUUCAACUGUAAAGCACAGGUAAAGGCUAUAAAAAGGGGUUUGCUGGCCAGGCAUGUGGGUGAUUUUAAAAAGCAGUCAUUUAAAAUUUCCAGUAUAGUUCUCGAGGAUCUUGGUAAGGGAUAUUGAUUUAUUAUGUGGUUCUAUGUCCUUGUACACAAUUUUCCGUGGGUACUGACCUUUUUUUGUAGGGUAGGAAUGUUUUUAUUUCUAAGCAAGCAAACCAGCGUUAUCCUAAACUAGCUAAUAAGGCUGUUUCGGGAGUCACAGCUAGAUCUUGGUUUUAUUCUGUCAACCUUUACUCUUAAAACAAUUAUGCUGCCACAUACACUUUUGUCAGCUAGUUUUUCAUUUAUUUCAUUUUAACAUUCCAUAGAUGAAGGUACUGAUAAGGAAGCUUAGUUUUGAAAUUUUUCUGUCGGACUUCUGGUGCAACAGUUGCUAUUUUUAAAGAAAUGACAAUGUAUGGGUAAUCUGAUCUCCAGAUGAAUCCUUUUGUAACAACAGUCAAAAUAAUUUAUCAAAUCAUGAAUGUCUUUUCCCCAAACAUUUAAAAUUAUUUUUUUGACAGUUGAAAUGAUUGUAUACAACAGUUUAAUUUGGUGACCUGUUGGAUGUUCCAUUACCAUACCAGCCUGGCGUUAUUUUUAAACUUUGCCUGCCAAUUUGCAAAUGGCAAGAUAAAGUUUCAGUUUUUAAAUUGGGAUUUUGCUGACAGUUAAAUCAACUAGAAACAUGAUUACUGAUUUGUCUAUGGUCAACUUUAUAAUGCACAUUGCAGUAUGUGUUGUUGCUCAUGAAAUGGCUUUAUAUUCAAUAAAAUUCUGUGGGGUUAUUAUGGUCAUAACAAUGGCAGUAAUUGAAGCAGUAAUGAGGCCAUGUUCCUUAUCAAAUUUGACUGAACAUACACUUAAUGAAUUGUUUUUUUCAACAUUCUGGGGCUAUACCAUUGAUACUAUUACAUUAUAGUUUUCAGUACUCCAACCUGUAAAAAGGUUUUUUAAUUAAUUGUUAUUCUUCUGUCUUCAAACACUUUUUUGCAGUCUUAAUGCAGUGAAUUUUACCAGCAGACUGAUAGCUUCAUGGUAUUCAGUCACCAGUAUUUUGUAGCCAAUUCUCCUGACUGGUAUAAUUAGUUUUCAUAUUGUGAGAUGCCUGUACUUUCCAGAAUAGACUGCUCAAACUAGAUGUUGCCUAGAAAAAUGGAGAGUAGAGAUCAUAAAAACCUAAUGUUUUAAAGGACAUAAAUAUUAGUAAUUUUCAGAAUUUGUGCUUGAAAUGGCUCUUCAGAAUUAUGCCACUUAUUUCUGUUUCCUGAAUACAGGAGACAAUAAUCAGGUCUUGAGGGAUGCAGACCAUGUAGUGAGGCAAGUUUUAUUGAAGGUGUAUUUGUACUUAAUAUUGUAAUAAAUUUCUGUGAUAUUGGAUCCAUGUCUUCAAAAGAACACCAGAAUAGUUUUGCAAAUAUAUAAUGCAGACAGCCGGGACUUCAGCAUAUUGCAGUAUUCUGUUUCUAUUUGUUUACUCUUUAGAUAAUCUCUGACUAUCUAAAUUUCAAUUACUGUCAUAGGAUUUAUCUGAGGCAGAGGUUGUAAUUAAGAAUGAUAGAGUAAUUGACACUUAUUUUUACAUUUUUUUUGAUUUGUAAGGAUAUGGUAAAUGCUGCUCAAGUUAUGAGUGUGCCAGAGAAAUUUUGUAGCUUUGACCAGAACCAAAAGAAAAUAACUUUUGAAAUUAAGUAGUCUAUAACAAUACUUCCCACCAGCUAAAAUUGCUGUAUCUGAGAUAGAGGCUGGAAGUUUACUUCACAAUAAAAUAACGACUACCUGCUCAUAACUGCGAAGCAUAAGUCUACCUGCUGAGAAUUUAAUAUCUAAUGGUGCAAUCUAGAAACCAAGUUGAUUAAAACAGUUUUUGGGAAAGUAUGACUUUGCUGAUCCAUUAUUUAUUAACCUCAAGUCUGAUAACAUUCUGCAGUUGAAUAUGAAUAAUUUUACUAAAACAUGGAAUUUUCCAGUUUUAAGUUGGUGUACUAGUUUGUGGUGCAGUGAAUGGUGCAGAUAAAAAAAUGUUUGCAAUUCUAUUCGAAACAAAUAGUAGAGGCGUGUGAAUGUCAUUCUUUGCAUUAACAAUAUUUAUAUAGGUACAGAUAAUGCACAUUGGAUGAAAGAAUUUUAUUGUGCAGAAGGCACCAUUCAACCAUAAUUCCUGCACUUUUCUCAGACAGCUGUCCAUCUACUCCCAUUCUCCUGCACUGUCCCACACAUAGUUUUCUUUGGACAGUUGUUAUUGGUCUCCCUGCUUUUCUUAAUCAGAUCUUUUGUGACUUGACUGCCCUGUGCACUUUAUUUGUUUUAAGUGUUCUUCCUAACCUCUCCAUUUUGUCAUAAAUUUACACCAUUGCCAUCUUGCUGACUGGCUAUUGAUCAAACUGUUUUCUCUGUCAUAUGACCAUAACAAAAAUACUCCAUUCUGAUUAGUACUCAUUCUGGGCAUGCAUCUGGUUAAGGAUUUUAAGGAUUAUCCUCUUUUCUCUCCAUUCCUUAUUUUUGUUUUACUAAGAAUAUCAGUUGAAUAAUGUGUGCAGUUAAUUCAUCCCUCUGCCUUGGAGAUAGAGUAUUGCUUCUGAUUUGCAAAAAAAAAACUACCAAAAAAACACACAAUUCUGAAAAUACUCGGCAAGUCAGAUAGUAUCUUUGAAGAGAGAACUGGCAUUAAUGUUUCAGGUCAAUGGUCUUUUUAUUCUGCUGAGUAUUUCCACAUUUUCUAUUUUUGUUAUGGGUUUCCAGCAUCAUAUUUAAAUCCUGUUAAUGCUAGAUUCAGAAUUGUAAUUUGAAUGAAAGCAUUAAGUGUUCAUUGAUUUGAAUAAUUACAUUAAGAUCUGGUCAUAAAUUUAGACACGUCAUGACAUCAUUGAAAGUCCCAUUUCUUAUAAUUUACUUGCUUUUCAUUCCACUUUUCAAUCAUUUUUAUUCCUUCUAUCACUCCCAGUUAUAAGACGGAGUGGAGCAGCAAGUAGUGCUACUGCCUCAGCUCCAGCAACCCAAGUUUGAUCCUGAUCUCCAGUGCUAUCUGUGUGGAGUUUACAUGUUCUUGCUAUAUUCACAUUGGUUUCCUUGGGUAUUCCAGUUUCCCCCCAUGUCUCAAAGAUGUGUUAGUUGGUAGAUUAAUUGUCUACCCUAACUUACCCUAAGUAUAUCUGGGUAGUAGGAGAAUCAGAGGGGUAUGGAGUUGAUGGGCAUGCAAGAGAGAACAGGUAAUGGGGAAAUAAUUGAGGGAAUGGGAUUGAUGGGAUUGUUCUGAAAGCUGACAAGAUUCAAUGGAUAGCAUAGCUUCCUACAACAUAAGGAAAUGUACCCUAACAACAAAUCUACAGUUUGCAUCACAUUAAGUAUUAUUAUUGUGCCAUAUUUUGCAUCAGAUGACAGGCAAAUGGUGAGUUUCACUGUGGGUAGGGAUGAACCACCAUGAUCAGUGGGUUCAGCAGCUUCAUACUGAAAGCUGGUACCUUAAGCAUGGCUACAGGACCAUAGAUCACUCUACAUUAUUAGCCAGUGAUGCCCAGAAGCAGACUCUUGUCUUUCUAGAAUCAGUGUAUUAUCAAUGGAAUUCAGUACAUAAAAAUAACUUUACCGAAGUUUGAAAACUGCAUAUUCUUCACAAUACAUAGGUGGAAGGCUAACAGAUCAAUAAUUUUGUAUAUACAUUGAGCCCCAACUUUUUUAUUCUUUGUAUCAAUGGCAGCAGUAUUUAAAGAAUAACUUUAACAUAGAAAAACAUCUCACAUUUUGUUAAGAUUCCUGCACAAGCUUGGUACUGUGCUAAAUAAGGAAAUAGUGGGGCAAUUGACAAAACAAUUUGGUCAAAGUUAGGUUUUAAGGAACCUCUUAAAUGAGGAAAGAGAUGAGGAAGCAAGGAAUUAAGGACGCAGUUCCACUUAAGAUGUAGGCAACUGACAGAUGACACCAUUGCUAUUAGAGUGAGUAGAUUUGGAGAUGUUCAAGACCCAGAAAUGAGUAUGCAAGGUAUCUGCACAGUACCUAAAGCCGUCAGUUGAAGAUGAGAAAUAUAAUAUUGAGGAUUUGCUUCACUAGGAGCCAAUGCUGGUUGUAAGUUCUGGAUUGAUGAGUGAAUCAAACUUGGUACAAGAUGAGCAGUGCCAAGUUUAUGGGAGGUGCAAUGGGUCCAGAAAUAGGAAGACGGAUGGGUGAAAGUUGCUGAAGCAGGUGGAGCCAGCUAGUGUGGGUUGUGGUGUGGAUAGGUGGUACAAAGUACAACUCUAGGGUAAAUUUGACACAAAGACUGGCAACAGACACUCAAUUUUAAACAGUUGCCACAAUGGGGAAAGAAGUCGGUGCCUGGAGUUGUAGUGGGGACAGAAGAUGAUUGUGUCAGUCUUCCCAAUGGUUAGGUGGAGGAAAUUAUUGCUCAUUCAGUACUGGAUAUGAUUCUUGCAAUCCAACAAUUGAAAGGUAUUUGAAAUAGGAGCGCAGUUGUCAAACAGCUUCAUGUUGCAAGUAUAACCUAAUUUUGAUAAAGGGCAGUAUGUAAAUGAGCAAUGAGGUGCCAAUGAUUUGAUUCUUGGAAGAUACCAAAAGUAACUACAGGAACAGGUGGAGAAGUUGUUGCAGGUAAUUUUCUGGCUGUGACUGGAUAGAUGAGAUUGGAACUAUGAGGGUUAUCCCACAAAGCUGGACCACAGGUGGAGAGGUGUUGGAGGAGGAUGGUGUGGGUUGACCUUGUUAAAAGAUUGAGAAGGGCAGAUCUUUCAUCCAGUGGAUGUUACUUGCUAAUGAUAUUUGAUGAUUGCAUUUAAUCAGUCCAAAAACAUCUCACCACAGUGUGCUUUAUAAUACAUAUGUUAAAAGUAAUUGGUGUAGUUUUCUGAAUUUUCUUGCAUUAUCAGCUUCCAUUAUGGCAUUUUACUUUUGCCAGUUUUAAAUUGAAAAUCUUAGUGCUGUUGACAGAUUUGGCCCACAAGGAGACAAGAAAACUAACUUUACCCUCUUUCCCCCCCACCCUGCACACAUCUAGCACAAAUUACUGCAAACUAUGCAUUACUGGGAACCUUGUGCAGGUUUUCUCUUUUGAACUAAAUAUCACUUCUGCUGCCUAGCAGAAAUAAAUUGAUUCAGCACAAUUGCUGUAUUUUUACCUGGAAUUUUCACGAUCUGUGUAGCUUGGUACCAUGCUAGACUGUGUACCUAAUGAUUCAUGUUAGUUUUGCCCUUUAUAUUAAUGGAAACAAUGAUCAGAUGUACAUGUUCGUUGAUACAAGUGUGAAAGUAUUUAUAUUUUUUCUUGUCUUGCCAUUUAGAUUUUCUGUGUACAUAUGUAGGUAGAAGUUUCCAGUUGCUAUAAGUAUUGCUGAGAAUAGAUAACAUCUAUAAAGAAAGUUAUGAGUGAAUUACUUACUACCAAUUAUAUCAUAAUUGAUUUAUUGUGGUUUUCAGUUAACCUGCCCAGAGGGAUUAUCAUUCUGAACUUCUCACAUGCAAUUUUGUUUUCCUUUCUGAGUGGCUCUUGUCAUCUAAUAAUAAUAGAUUUCUUAACGAAUGCACCGCCAUGAAAUUUUAAAUGCCCAAAUGUGUUACCAGUUUUUAAACUGAUCAUUGCAUGUUUUGUGAUACGCAUUCAUCUAAUGUUUUUGAGUAACAAGUUUUAUACCCGAGGUGAAGUUGAGAGGGUUUGGGUUUUGCAGAAAAUAAAAUGGAGCCUAGAAUUUGUAAUACUGUAAAUUAGCCUGGUAAUCAUGGGCUUAAUGCCCCAGCCCUUGCUGUAUGAAAAUUCAUUGAAGGCAUUUCAUGCUGCAUAGUUCUGCUGUAAACAAUUUUUGUGUAGUUCAUUGGGAAAGCUGUUGAUAAGAUGUAUGCAUUCUUCAAUGAAGUUGGAAAAGCUUUUCUUUUUGUUUACACGUUUAGAUAAGUGCUGUUUUGAUUAUUUUGAUUUUUGUGUCUACCAAUACGAGGUACUAUCUUGAGCUGUAGGAAUGGAAAUUGUGUGGUAACCUUCCCUACAUGGUAAAAGAUAUUGGCUGAUUGAAUUGCAAGUCUGUAUUGCAAUAUGAUUUUUAGUCUGCAGGGACAACUUGUGUUCACAUGACAAUAAAAUGGUAUUUUUAUGCCAGAA